AUGAAUAUUUUGAAAUUAAGCGUCGCUUUACUUUUAGUAGGCUUUAUCUUUGCUGCUUAAGGUAAUGAUGUUGUUUGUACAGGAUCUGGUACUUCAUGUUCUGAUAAAUGUCCUCAAUUGCCAGGUAAUUUAAGUUGGGUAACAGGUUCAAAUAAUAACAAAUGUGCUGUCAACAACUGUCCUAAUGCUGCUGAUGCUGCUAAACUUACUGGAAUUGUAGAUCUCUACUGCUAAUCUUGUCCUGGUACUCCAAAUGGAUCAGUCUCAGCAAUAUUUUCAAAUGGUGCUAAUACAGCUUGUGUUGCUUCUUCUGCUACUUGCCAUUCAUCAAGACCAGCUAAUUCUUGGACUGAUGCUGACUGCCUUGCUUGUGUUGGUCCUAAAUUUUCUGUUGCAAGCUCUGACAAAUAAUCAUGUACAGCUAAUGCUAAUAUUUUAAUUAUUUCUGUAUUAAUGGCAAUAUCAUUAAUUUUUUGA